CUACAUUUCUUUGGUGAAAAUAACCCAAAUCAGUAUUUAUUAUUUAGACUGUAGGAAAGUUAUAGAGUUCACAAACUAUGGGAUAUAUCUGAAAAUUGAUCAAUCCUGAAGUACUGACAGACCGAUCUAAUUUCUUGAGGUCCAAAAAAUGAACAGUACAGAUUAUCCCCCAAAUGACCCCUUUUUGCAAAGUAGACAGUCCUACGUAUUUCAUAAGAGGCAUGGUGAGUUUUUUGAAGUUGUAAUAUUUUUUGUCAUAAUUUUUCGGAAAAAUUAAGAAAAUUCUUUUUUUACAUUACUGUCACCA